UUCAGGAACCUGAUUUACUUCCGUAUUGCACGCACGCGUCUUGCGCUUUUUUGGAUUGUCCUGGGACGGACGCCGUAAAAAGUGCGGUAGAAAGAAAAGAGAGAGGCGGGAGAAAAGGAAGCACAAGGGAUACAGGGCGAGAGAUUUAAUAACUGCAUCUAGACUGGCCUGUGCCGUAAAAGAAAACUAGAAUGAGCCUCCGCAAACAAACACCGAGUGACUUCUUAAAGCAGAUUAUUGGAAGACCUGUGGUGGUAAAGCUCAACUCUGGAGUCGAUUAUCGAGGUGUUCUGGCAUGUUUAGAUGGUUAUAUGAAUAUUGCUUUGGAACAAACUGAAGAGUAUGUGAAUGGACAGCUGAAGAACAAAUAUGGGGAUGCAUUUAUCCGAGGAAAUAAUGUUUUGUAUAUUAGCACUCAGAAGAGGAGGAUGUGACCUGUUUCUUUCUUUCUAUCUUUCAUUUAUUUUUUAAUUUUAUUAUGUUCUUUGCAUGAAGAGGCCAGCAUUUUGGACUUCAAAAGAUCAAGAUCUAUUCAUUUAUGUUUGAGAUUCAAGUAAAAGCUGCAUUGCUACAUACAUUUUGAGAAAAGAAAAUACUUUUAUAAAGUUUGAUAAAGAUUUUGGUUUACAAUGAUCUGUACUGCUGUAAAAUAAACAGUCAUGAAAUCA